AUGUCGAGUUCAAAGACGACUGUAGCCACGGCUUCUGAAGCUGCUGCGGAUUCUAGCUCAAGCAGCGUGAAUGAUGGAUUCCACCACGCCCGAAGGGGCGAGGUAACUGACGAUGUAUCGGCCAGCGAGGCCAUCGAUGGAUAUGAUGCCGAGCGCAUGCGUGCGCGCACUGCAUUGACGGCAGAAGAAGAGAAGAGGCUCAUUCGACGAAUUGACUGGCACCUUAUGCCUUUAUGUUCUAUCAUCUUCAUGUUCAAGAAUUUGGAUGCGGACAAUGUUUCAAACGCUCGUAUUAUGAAUAGAGGAACUCCUGAUAAUAUCAUGACUCAGUUGGGAUUGACGUCCAAUGAAUAUGCUUUAGUUACCGUCUUAUACUAUAUACCAUACAUAGUCGGAGAAGCACCUUCGAAUCUACUGCUCAAGAAAUUCUCACCUUCACAUUGGCAGUCGAGAAUUAUGAUUACAUGGGGAAUUAUGCUGGCAUGCCAUGUCGCCGUUAAGAAUAAAGAGGGUUUAUACGUGACGAGAUUUCUUCUGGGCUUAGCGGAAGCUGGGAUGUUUCCAGGAAUUAUAUUGCAGAUGACCUACUGGUAUCGACCGGAUGAAAUGUCCCUCAGGCUUCUCUAUUUCUAUGUAUGCGGAAAUUUAAGUGGAAUAUUUAGUGGAAUCCUUGCGUUCGCUUUUGACCAUGCUUCGGGAGCAGGAGGGUUAUCUGGAUGGCAAUGGUUGUUCCUAGUUGAAGCAAUAGCAACGAUUAUCAUGGGGGUCGGUGUAUGGUUCCUCUUACCGGACUUUCCCGAGACAGCGUCCUGGUUGACAGAUAAGGAGAAAGCAUUCAUACAAGCACGCCUCCCGUCAAAUUCGCCAAGGGCUACAGAGCAGGAUUUCAAGCUCAGCGAAAUUGUUUCAUCCCUGAGGGACAAGAGACUGUGGCUCUUCACCUUCAUAUGGGCUUUCUUCACAGUUGGGACUUCAGGGGUGCGCUUCUAUCAGCCAACAGUCAUUGCAGACCUUGGGUUUACUUCGAUUGCUCAGGCGCAGCUUCUGAACCUCCCCAUCACGAUCUUAGGCCUCAUCGUGAUCGGCGUAUCUGGGGUCUUCGCCGAUAACGGCCGGCUCCCGAGACCGCUAUAUCCGCUCUCUUUCCUCACUAUCAUUCUCGCGUGCUACGGGGUUUUGGUAGCAUACCCUAAUAGCGGCGCUGUUUAUGCGGCGACUAUGAUUGGAAACGCUGUUACUAGUGCCUGGUUCCCUAUGAUGUGGCCGUGGCGUGUCCAGACAACUAGCCGGGCGACUGGGUCUGCAUUCUCCAUUGGCUUUGUAAAUAGCUACGGCCAGAUCGGAGGCGCCAUCGGUCCCCAGAUCUUUAGGAGUGCUUACGCUCCACGGUACCAAACAUCCUUUGCUAUAGCCAUGGCUCUCGUAGCAUGCUGCAUCAUCACUACCCUAAUAACCUGGUGGGUCACCCGCCAGACUGAGAGCGAUACGCGGAAGCUCAAGCUGGCGAGAAUUGCCGCUGCCAAGAAGGAUGAUGCUAUCCUGGACGAUGUGGUGGAUAAUGACUUGAAGAAGAAGAGUGAUAUAUCUGCAGAAGUUUGAUAGCACAUCAAAUACAAGUGGGGAUAGAGACGUCCGGGAUAAACUUGUAGUAUAGAAUAUCAGCUCUAGACCGUUACAGCUGGAUCGAGAGAAUACAGUAUACUAGAAGCCAACAGGACGAUCCCCGUUGAGAUAGAUGAUAAGGGUCUAAGUCGACAAGAUUGGACAUCUGAAUAAAUGGAGCGAGCUUACAGGCGGAUAUGUUCCACAACCUGCUGCUACUUGAUACGAUCUUUAUACGAGAUGGGUGGUAUAUCAAUAUCAGUAAGGUCCACAUUGUAUGGAAAAGAAAAAGAAAAAAUGGAAUCAGGAUCUCCCGUUUAGGGUUCGCUUGAACAUCAGGAUGCAGUCGUAAGCCCCUAGUUAAACCUUUUCGGAUACCCGGGAAACACAUCUCCUAACCCGAGAAACUGGAGUCUACGACCCCAUUACCAUAUUCCGGGCCGGGUUAUGCUGCAUGUGUAAAUGUAGAAUGUAGGAGGGAGCCAACACUUCCAUAGCCCUUCAUUGGCCGGUUUGUAGCCCACCUACCACCGAAUAUCGGGAGUUCAUUCGCGACCCCUGAAUCUUUUCGGCCGGGUCAAGAACUGCCGGGGACGUACGGUAUGUAUGCAUUCCGCACGUUCCUACAUAUAACCGUGUCUAUAUCCAGAAAAGCGACCUACUCCAAGGAACUUGCC